CUACCGAUUGUUUUCGUAUGUGACACCAUAACAAUAACCUGUUCUGCGUAAACUGUCAACGGGAACUGUCAAACGUCAAGCGAUCGUAUCAACAAAAUGUUGGAUCGUUCCGAUCGAUCCGUUUGUUCUGUGUCGCCGUUAGCAGAUUUAUUGGAAAGUAAAGGAUUCGAUAAAACUUGUGUGCAUUUAGAAAUGAUAAUCGCAUACUGUGUCCUGGCUGUAAGAUGUAUACCGGUGUAAAGACGACCAACGUCGGAGAGGUACUUCCGAACGAUGAACAGUUGGGGCGGCGUAACUGCCGUUGGAGAGAGCUCGUACAGAAAUAUGAAGACACUGCCGAACCCCAAUCAGAUCAUAGCAUGGACAUCGAAACGGCCAUGGUCAUGCUCGAUCAGGCAAUGAGCGAUGAAAGUUCGGUCAGCGAUGUGGUUGAGGCUUCAUCCGAAGAGCAAAGCACGGAAGAAACCCCGGAAGAGAUUAAGCGACAACUCAAAGAAACUAUUCCAUUGCGCAAGCAAGGGUGGGAAGCGAACGGAUUGAAAGAAAUUCUGGAGGAUAACGAGUUUCGCAUGCUAAGCCACGAGAAGGUAGAGAACUGGCUGCGAAAUCACAUGCACAGCAUCACCGGCCACUACAACGUUCACUACCAAACGGAGCAGGUUACAACGGUAACGGAAACGAAAAUGGAUGCUGACGCAGAUUCACUCUAUUCCGUUGAUACGGCCCAAUAUAUCCGUUCGAACAAACAGAUUAGUAAUAAGCUCAAAGUGACAACCAUGAUCAAACAGUACUCGGUAACGAGUUCCGUGCGCCGUUUUAGCAGCCUAAACCUCAUACAAGAUAAACCAAAUCCCAAUGAGGAUACCACACUUCCACUGCCCCGAGCCCUUACCAAAUCGGACAGUGCGUGCGAUGUUAAGAAGCCUUUACCGUUGCAUAACUGUUCUCCAAGGCAAACGAUCGCUGCUGAUAAACACCACAGUCGAGCGGUUGUGCCGUCCUGCGAACCACCAACGGACCGUCGCAACAGACGUAAAGUGUUUAAAAAAACUAAUCCCCGUAAGAGACCGAUAACGUCGGGUGAUCGUCCACUCGGUUCUAGUCCAACCUCGGCAAAGCAGCACCGGUACGAUCCGGAACAAGUGUACGCUAAAGCAUUAGAGCAGUGCGCACGGAUGAAGAAAACUAAACCAAUCUCGCAACGAAAGGUGUCGAAACGAUUCGCCAACCGGAUGCAAAACUCUUUGUCCUCAUGCUUUUCAGAAAGUGACAGUGAUGAAGUGUUUUUUGUACCAGCCCGCGAACGACCACCGAUCAGUUCGCGCGUGAAACCUAUCGCUCAAAGCACAGAGCAGCCAAUGGUUGUGACACCACCGGAAAAAAAUCUUACCCCCAGCAAAACUUCUCCAACAGAACGCGAGAUUGUGGAACCGUUCGAGUCGAUCACGCUUAGUGUUUCCAAACGACAGCGAGCACAACCAGCCGGUCCGGUUACUGCAGCGCCAUGUCUAUCGGAACCGGCGAAGAAACGCGUCAGCAUAAAAUGGGACGGUUGCUACCACGAGCAUGGGCUGAUAAUCUAUCGGCCGAAAAUGAUUCACCCAGAUGUGCCCACCACCGAUCGGAUCGAUCUGCGCAUGGAAGACCUCACCCUGACGAGCGUCACGAAGCAGCGUCAUUUAGACAAGUUUCGCGAGUUUAACUGCCGCAUCCACCCAAACUCUACCGUUUGCUUCUAUCCGAGCGAUUCGUCCGACACUGCCGAGGAGAAAAAUAACGCGUCAGCAAAGGACGGUACGGCGACGGAUAACUCAUACGACGAUGAUGAUCCCAUACUCACAUUCCGUCCGCACAAAACCAAGCGAUUGAAUGUUGUAGAGAUUCCCCACCGGCGGCCUAUUACCUGA